AUGGCAUUCGACCCUCAUAAUGUCGAUCUCGACACCGUCGACGCAACCGAAGUCGUCUGCUACCUCAACUCCGAAGGCAACGAAUAUGAUGGCCGCCUAGGAGCCCGUAUCUCGGCCAUCUUCGUCAUCCUCAUCAUCUCCAGCGCAGCGACAUUCUUCCCCGUCGUUGCGAAGCGCGCGCCCCGCCUCCGCGUUCCGCUAUACGUCUAUCUCUUCGCCAAGUACUUCGGUGCCGGCGUCAUCAUCGCCACCGCCUUCAUCCACCUGCUCGACCCAGCCUACGAUGAGAUCGGCCCGGCCUCUUGUGUCGGCAUGACAGGCCACUGGGCCGAUUACUCCUGGUGCCCCGCCAUCGUACUCACCUCUCUGAUGCUAAUCUUCCUGAUGGACUUCGGCGCUGAGCGCUACGUCGAGAAGAAAUACGGCCUCUGCCGUGACGACCCAGAGCCCCUCAUGGCCUCCGGCGUCGAACCCGCUCAGCUCGGCCUCACCCGCUCGCACUCCGUCUCACAAGCCUCCAAGCCCGCAAAGGAGGACAAAGUCGCGCGCGAGGUCGAAGCCCAGUCCCUCGAAGAAGGCGACAUCGAGCGCUCCUUCCGCCAACAGAUCGCCGCCUUCCUGAUCCUCGAGUUCGGAGUCAUCUUCCACAGUGUCAUCAUCGGGCUGAACCUCGGCGUGACAGGCGAUGAGUUUGCCACGUUGUACCCCGUGCUCGUGUUCCACCAGUCAUUCGAGGGGCUGGGUAUCGGCGCGCGCAUGAGCGCCAUCCCCUUCCGCAAGGGCAGCUGGCUGCCAUGGCUACUGUGCGCGGCAUACGGGCUGACAACGCCGAUCUCCAUCGCGAUUGGCCUGGGCGUGCGUACGACAUACAACCCAGGCUCUUUCACAGCCAACGUCGUCUCCGGUGUGCUGGACGCCAUCUCAGCCGGCAUCUUGAUCUAUACAGGGCUUGUGGAACUGCUAGCGCGCGACUUCUUGUUCGAUCCGCACCGGACGCAGGACGAUCGGCGCCUGGCGUUUAUGUUGGUGUCGCUGCUUCUUGGCGCUGGCAUAAUGGCGCUGCUGGGCAAGUGGGCAUGA